AUGUACUACCACGAUCAAUCGGCCAACUACAGUGCAGCGUUUCGAAAAAUGCAGCAGAAAAAAAUCAAAAUCAAAAUUCAGCAAGUGCAAGUAUCCCCAAUUAAAAUGCAAGCGCACAGGGGUGGCGGUGUUGGUUUUGUUGUGCACCCAUCUGUCGUCCAUCUCGUCGAUGCUCACGAGAUCCUGUCACCUCGACUGGCCAUUCUUCGCCUCCGCCCUCUGCGACAAAAAUCCAUCAGUAUCAUCAACUGCUACUCACCAACAUCAGCAGCUGAUGAAUCCGAAUUGAACGCGUUUUACGAGGAGCUGGAGGAAGUAGUCCGCAACGAGAAGUCCUUCUACAAAUUCGUUGUCGGAGACUUCAACGCAAAACUAGGAAAGGCCACAGAAGAGGAAUGCAGGAUUGGAAGAUUUGGACUAGGGGACCGGAAUGAAAAUGGCAAUCGUCUCGCCGGGCUGUUGUCCGCCGCUCGCCUCUUUCAUGGAAACUCUCUUUUCAUGGAAAAAGAUCAUCGUCGAUGGACAUGGGAAUCGUCCAAUGGCGCGACUCGUGCGGAGAUCGAACACAUACUCACCAACCGGAGGUGGUGUCUACUUGGCGUCUCAGUAGUACCAUCCUUUGGUAGUGGUUCUGAUCACCGUCUCCUUCGUGCGAAAAUACGGCUUAGCCACACGAUGGAAAAGAACAUCUGCUAUCGGCAACGAAGGAGAAAAGAAGUCGUCUACGACGAUUGCGUUCUACUCGAACCUCUUCCGUUCAUCAACUCCUGUGUCAAGCCCGAUCAUCUCCCCUGGUGA